AUGGUGUCCGCCGGUCUGGACACGGUUCCGGGGAACCUGAUCAUGGGCAUUGCCUAUCUGGCUUCGGAAGACGGCCAGCGGAUCCAAAAGAAGGCGUACGAUGAGAUCAUGUCGAUCUAUCCCGAUGGUGAUGCCUGGGAGAAGUGCCUGGUCGAAGAAAAGGUGCCCUACGUGACCGCGCUGGUCAAGGAGACCCUGCGAUUCUGGACUGUGAUACCCAUCUGUCUGCCCCGAGAGAGUACCAAGGACAUUGAGUGGAAUGGGGCUAAGAUCCCCGCGGGCACUACGUUCUUCAUGGUCGGUACUGACCACUUCAAGCAGGCGGACCGGUUCAUUCCCGAGCGCUACCUGGAGCUCGGCGAGGGCUCGGGCACGCCGCACUACGGCUACGGCGCGGGCUCGCGCAUGUGCGCCGGGUCACACUUGGCCAACCGGGAGCUGUAUACGGCGUUUAUUCGCCUGAUCACGGCGUUCCGGAUGCAUCCCGCUCGCGAUCCGGCCGACCGACCCAUCCUCGAUGCGAUUGACUGCAAUCUGAUCCCGACGGCACUGACGACGGAACCAAAGCCGUUCAAGGUGGGGUUCAUGCCGCGCGACCCGGAGAAACUGGAGAAAUGGAUCGCGGAGAGCGAUGAGCGGACGAAGGACCUGUGA